AUGAUUUCCGACGUGCAGCUGGCGAUUUUCGCCAACGUCUUAGGAGUCACCAUCUUCCUUCUGGUCAUCCUCUACCACUACAUAAACGCCAAUCACACAUUACAACGUUAAAAAAUGUCACCAGAAAUUAAAUAAAAAUUGUGUUUGCUUUUGUCUGAAGAAAUGUGUAAAUGAGUUGAUUGAUUGUCUAUUUUAAUGCAAUAUUUUCCAGUGAUGUUAAUAAAAUUUACAUAACAUUCUCAAUGAUGGUUUUAAACGCGCAAAUUGUUUAUUUCAUUGUACAAUUCUAUCCGAAAUUUUGAGCACACGAAUGACUGAUUUUUGUCAUUUUUCAUCGCGUCAUUUGGUGCAAACUGCCGAUAACAAUGCUGAAUAAAGGUAAAAUCCGUAAAAUC